GCAAGACAAAUGUCACAGGUGUGUUGAGUUAUUCCACGCAACAUGGAUUCAGGUAGCUGAAGUCCCCGAGUGAGUUUAGUUUGAAGAGAAAAUAUGGGGUAGCUUUAGAGAACUGGGGUCACAGUUGUAGUUUGUUUCCUGUUUCUUUUAGAGCCUGUACAUGUGUGUAAUUCUAAACUACUCGUAGGCUAGCGUUAACGAGCUGCCAAGUCCUCGGUCUCUCCGAUUGGUAACGUAACAUGUGUGAUUUAUACAGGUAAGAGAGAUGCAACAUGGGCAGGAAUGGACCAAAGUGUGACUCCAGGAAGACAAAGAGUCAGCUAUCAUGUCACAACACAAUCUGCAUCAAUUUCUCCAUCCGGUGCUAAGUCCCCGGUGGAGUUUGUGUGAAAGGGGACCCUGCAGCCUCCAUGGCUCACUCAUCAGAGCCGUCCCGCAGGGAGAAGACCCCCGGGACCCAAGGGUCACACACGGCUACACGCAACCUCUUACGGAAGAAGGAGCAGCGCCGACGUGGAAUCCGAUCCUCCUCACCCAUGGGCAGGGUCAUCCUCAUCAACUCUCCUGUGGAUGGUGGAGAUGACAGUGAGGACCUUCAUACAAUCACUGUGGACAAGAGUGUGGAUGGAAAGCUUGGCUUCAGCGUGCGUGGAGGCUCAGAACAUGGCCUUAGCAUCUUUGUCAGUAAAGUCGAGGAUAACAGCACGGCAGAGGAAGCAGGCUUGCGUGUGGGUGAUAAACUGGUGGAGGUGAAUGGCAUCAGCCUGGAGAGCAUCACCAUGAGCAGUGCCGUUAAGGUUCUGACAGGAAACAACAGGCUGAGGAUGGUGGUGAGACGGGUUGGCAAGGUCCCCGGCAUCCGCUACUCCAAGGAGAAGACUACUUGGGUGGAUCUGAUACACAGGCGGAUGGUGGUGGAGGAGAGUGGACAAACCCCAUCAGAUACCAGUUCAGGAAGCGCCCUCCAAAGAAUUGUCCAUCUGUACACCACUUCUGAUGAUUACUGCCUUGGCUUCAACAUCCGAGGAGGCAAGGAGUUUGGUCUGGGCAUCUAUGUGUCCAAACUGGAUCCUGGUGGCCUUGCUGAACAGAACGGUAUAAAGAUGGGGGACCAGAUUCUGGCCGCCAAUGGAGUGAGUUUUGAGGAUAUCAGCCACAGCAGUGCGGUGGAAGUGCUGAAGAGCCACACACAUGUUAUGCUCACCAUCAAGGAAGCAGGACGAUACCCUGCUUAUAAGGAGAUGGUGGCAGAAUACAGAUGGCUCAAUAAGUUGGCAAAUGGAACGCAGCAGUCCUCUUCCCAGGGUUCAGACUCCUCCACCUCGUCUUUGUCUUCGGGGACUCCGGUGAGCUCUCUGAGUGGCCUUUCCCAGGUCAUGUUCCCUCCAAGCCUGCCUUUUGGCUCCGACAUGGUAGACGUCUGUAUCUCCACUGAGGACCAGAGAACUGAGGCAGAACGUGCUGAGAUGGAUCAGAGGGCUGGAGGCGCUGACACCACUCGCAGCCUCGGACCCACCACUCUGCUCAGGGACACAGCGAUCCGAGGAGGUGGACCGGAGGGCAAGGGGAAGAAAGAGUCCCCCAAGACAGCUGUGUUACUGGCUCUCAGCAAGCCCAGCCGACCUAUCACGAGGUCUCAGAGUCAGGUCACUGUGGCAGAGAUCAUACAGAAGAAAGAGAAGAAGCAGAAAGGGAAGGACCCGGAGGAGAAGAGCACCCUGCAGCGCUCCAAGACAUUCGUCAACCUGCUCUUCAAGGGGGGACGCAAGAAAAGCAGAGAGCUCAAUAUGAUGCCAAAUUCAGAGAUGCUGGGAGUGGUGGAGGAUAUGGCCCGCAGACUGCUGACUGAGGAGGAGGUGGCUGCUGUGAUGAAGACGUGUCGCAGAUACAUAGCGGAGCAGUCAGUGGAGAACUUCAUACGCCACCUACUGGUUUUUCUGGACCGGCCUGAAAAGUUGUUACUACUGAGGGAAGUGAGGAUGCUGCUUCCUCCUCCUCACCUGGCUGUGUUCAACAACAUGGUGACCCCCAUUGAAGCUGAGGCCUAUGAAAUCCUCAAGUAUCGCUCAGUCCGAACUCCUCCGCUUCGCUCACCCAUGUCUGGUCGAGCACCCAAACGGCGCCUCAUCACUCCCAUUCCAGAUUACAGAGGAGGCUUUGAGCUGCACAUGACCGAGGAGGUGGAGAAGGAGAGCCAUCUACUGGAGGAGCUGGAGAAGCUCAGUCUCUCUGCACCUCGAACAUCCAAGGACAGACCCCAUACCUCCAGAUCCUUCACACCACUCCUGGAUAUACCAGUCGACAGCUAUAGCCCAGAAUCCAGAGAUCUCAGACACCAGACUGCUAGUCCCAUGCUCCCCAACUGGCUGCUGGCCCGCAACGAUGACCCCCAGCCUCCUCUCCGCUCGGACAUCGGUACAAUUCGCUCCAUACACUUUGAUGAGGUUUCAUUGCACUCGACUACAGACCGGGGCGAUGCAACCACAGAGAGGGGAAGGUCCCCCUUCAGAAAUGGCCAUUCCAAAGGCAGAAAGGAACGAGGUGAAGAGAAAAGUAAAGAAACUGUGUUUACGCUGCAAAGUGCCCCACGCAAGAGUCGGCCCAUGUUGUCACAGGUGUUUAAGUCAGGUUUGGACCAAAAAGUGGGAGGUGAACAGAUCAAUGGACAUCAGUCUUCAUCAGAGAACGGAGUUAACGGCACUGGUCCAGAACAGAAGUAUGAGCUCAAAACUGUCAGCAUCUCCAAAACCAAGCAGUCUCUGGGCAUCAGUAUAUCUGGUGGGAUGGAGUCAAAGGUUCAGCCGGUGGUAAAGAUUGAGAAGAUCUUUCCUGGAGGAGCUGCCUCUACCUGUGAAGUCCUUAAGGCUGGAUUUGAGUUGGCGUCUGUGGACGGUGUCUCCCUGCAAGGAGUAACCCAUCAGCAUGCUGUGGACAUCAUCCGAAAAGCCUUCAGCAACAAGGCCAAAGACCCCAUGGUGUUUGUGGUCAAAGUCCCCCAAAACGACUGAAACUGUUUGAUGUUCAGCAUUGUUUCAGUCAGUCUUCUUUGGCAUUAUAACAGAGACUGCAACAGAAAAGACCUGAAUACCAGAGACUGGAGCAUAACCGGAACACACUGAUGUUGUGUUCUGGGGUCAGGUAUGUAAUUCUGCCAUUUACACUGAUCUUCACUUCAAAAUGAAGGUGACUACGUUCCAGUAUCAAGUAUAAUGAAGAAUAGAUGGUCUAAUCAUGUUGGAUGAGGACUGUUGGAUUUAAGGGAAAAGGGAAUGACUAUGUCCUUUUUUGCAGUCGAGUUUCAAUCUACCAUCCUGAAUUCUUACAGAACUGUGCCCCUGAUGCCUUCAUGUUAUUUGAGCCAAUAUUUGUCAUGGACAUAAUUUUCGUUUACUUAACAUUCAUCGUGUUUUAAAUUCCAAAACUCCAAACAAACUACAGUUUGUAUGUGUUAUAGUUAGGUAGUGUAUCCAUCUGCUCCUGAAUUAUUAAAUGUGCAGGCUGACAAACUGCAAACUGUAACCUGAGUGCCUUUAAAAGCCUGUGGACUGUACUUAUAAAACCGUCUAACACUUUGUGGUUAAAGGACUUGUGAACAAAGUUUGUUUUUCCUAAAGAGGGCAGACAUGAGCCAUUUAUAAACUGGGCACCAACUGAAUGCUUUCCCAGCCCUGUAUGCCACUAAAAAACCACAUACCAUAAAACUGUCUAAACACCAACUGGGAUAGAUUAGAUGAGUUCUGCUAAAUAAUUUUUCCAGAUUGCCUCCAGAGAUUAUUGCAACCGGAAUUUUAAAGUAAAAAAA